AACCCGAUUUAUAAAAUCCCCAUCACUCUCUCUCAUUCUUCUCUUGUUCUUCAUCUCUCUCUCUUUCUCUUUCGAUGCAGGGCGUUAGGGUUCGGCCGCUGAUGAACGGCGGCGAGGGAGCGAAACGAGGGCUGACGAUCGACGGCGGGGAGGCGCCGGAGAAGCGGAUCGAAAGGCUGAUACGGGAGAACCCUGUCGUGAUCUUCAGCCGCCGUGCUUGCUGUAUGUGCCACGUCAUGCGCCGUCUCCUCGCCACCGUCGGCGUCCACCCCACCGUCAUCGAGCUUGAGGACGCCGAGGCUGCCGCCAUCGUCCCCCCCGGUUCUCCCGCCGUCUUCAUCGGCGGAGACCCCGUCGGCGGCCUUGAAGGCCUUAUGGCCCUCCAUCUCAGCGGCCGCCUCGUUCCGCGCCUCCAUGAGGUCGGUGCCCUCGCCGGGUAAUUUCCUCGAUCUCUCGUGGGUAAUCUUGGAAUUUCAUAGAUCUCUCUUCUUCUUUCAGCAAUGGUACGGUUGUAAAUAGAAAGUCGAUGAAGGUGAUAACUGAAAA